AUUCCUGUCCCAUUGGACUGUACUUCUGAAGACAUUAAAGAGUCCUUUAUUACACAGGCACAGGAGCAACAGAUUGAUCUAUUAGAAAUCCCAGAGCACUCGGAUAUCACGCAAGUAUGAGACAAGGUAGCGCGGCCGGGCACGCCAUACUUCUACGUGGAGCUGGACACGGGCGAGAAGCUCUUCCACCGCAUCCGCCGCAGCUUCCCGCUGCAGUUCGGCAGGGCGGUGCUGGCCAGCCCGGCCCUGCUGGCGCUGCCGGAGCGCGCCGACUGGCGGCGCUGCGCCGCGGGGCGGCCCGAGGAGGCGGCGCAGGCCUGCGCCUUCCGCCGCGACUUCCAGCCCUUCGACUUGGCCCCGCCGGAGUGACGCCGGGGCGCCGGGCGGGCGGGCGGAGGGGCGGGCGGGCGGCUGGCGGCGCUGACGCGGCAAUAAAGGCGGAGCUGCCCGGGCGCGGAGUCGGCUGCGGCGCCAUGGAGCGGGGCGCGGAGCGGGGCCCCCCGAGCAGCGGCCCGGCGCUGCGCGGGCAGCCGGCGGCGAGCUGCGGGCUUUGGGAGAUGCGCGACCGCCUGGGCACCGGCGGCUUCGGCAACGUGUGCCUCUACCAGCACCAGGACACGGGAGCCAAGGUGGCCGUCAAGUCGUGCCGGCUGGAGCUGAGCGUGAAGAACAAGGACCGCUGGUGUCACGAGAUCGACAUCAUGAAGAAGUUGAACCAUCCCAAUGUAGUAAAAGCCUGUGAAGUUCCUGAGGAGAUGAACUUUCUUGUUAAUGGUGUUCCUCGUCUGUCAAUGGAGUAUUGUUCAGGGGGUGACCUCCGUAAGCUGCUAAACAAACCAGAAAACUGCUGUGGACUUAAGGAAAGUCAAAUACUGUCUCUGCUUAGCGACAUUGGGUCUGGUAUCCAGUAUUUGCAUGAAAACAAAAUCAUACACAGAGAUUUAAAGCCUGAAAACAUUGUUCUACAGGAUGAAGGUGGGAAGAUUGUUCAUAAAAUAAUAGACCUGGGUUAUGCAAAGGACCUGGACCAAGGAAGUUUAUGCACUUCAUUUGUUGGAACAUUACAAUAUUUGGCUCCUGAACUCUUUGAGAAUAAAUCCUACUCUGUUACUGUUGAUUACUGGAGCUUUGGAACGAUGGUGUUUGAGUGCAUUGCAGGAUUUCGACCUUUCUUACAUAAUCUACAGCAUUCACCUGUAUAUCCACAAAUUAUUUUCUAGGCAUGAAAAAUCAAGAAGAAGGAUCCAAAGCACAUAUUUGCUUUCGAAGAGAUGAAUGGGGAAGUUCGCUUUAGUACUCAUUUGCCACAGCCUCACAGUGUCUGUAGUUUAAUUGUAGAACCCAUGGAAAACUGGUUGCAACUGAUGCUGAAUUGGGAUCCACAACAGAGGGGUGGAGGUUUUGAUCCUGAGACCAGUCGCCCAAAGUGUUUCGUAGUAAUGGAUCACAUACUGAAUUUGAAGAUAGUACAUAUCCUAAAUAUGACCUCUGCCAAGAUUGUUUCAUUUCUCUUGCAUCCCGAGGAAAGCCUUCAUUCCCUUCAGACUCGGAUUGAGUAUGAAACUGGAAUAAGUACUGGUAAUCAGGAACUGCUAUUGGAAACAGGAAUUUGCCUGGACCCCCGGAAGCCUGCUUCCCAAUGUGUUAUUGAUGGCGUAAGAGGCUGGGAUAGCUAUAUGGUCUAUUUGUUUGAUAAAAGCAAAACUGUCUAUGAUGGACCCUUUGCUUCUCGGAGUCUAUCCGACUGUGUAAAUUACAUUGUACAGGAUAGUAAAAUCCAGCUGCCAAUUCCUCAGCUGCGCAAGGUAUGGGCAGAAGCAGUUCACUACGUGAUUGGCCUAAAAGAAGAUUAUAGCAGGCUUUUCCAGGGCCAGAGAGCUGCCAUGCUGAGUCUCCUUCGGUAUAAUGCCAACCUAAUCAAAAUGAAAAACAAUAUGGUAUCGGCAUCUCAGCAACUGAAAGCAAAGCUGGAGUUCUUUCAUCAGAGCAUUCGCCUCGACCUGGAGAGAUACAGUGACCAGAUGGCUUAUGGCAUAUCUUCAGAAAAGAUGCUCAAAGCAUGGAAGGAAAUGGAAGAGAAGGCUUCUCAGUGUGCCCAGGCCGAAGAUAUCGGACAUCUAGAUGAACAGAUCAUGGCUCUGCACACAGAGAUUGUGGAGCUUCAGAAGAGUCCAUACGCAAGACGCCAAGGAGAAGUCAUGGAGAGUCUGGAACAGAGAGCCAUAGACCUGUACAAGCAAUUAAAAACAAGACCACCAGAUCAUGCCUACAGUGACAGCACGGACAUGGUGAAGAUUAUUGUGCAGACAGUUCAGAGUCAAGACCGAGUUCUCAAGGAACUCUUCGGCCAUCUCAGCAAGCUCUUGGGCUGUAAGCAGAAGAUUAUUGACUUGCUUCCAAAGAUUGAAGUGGCUUUAAAUAACAUCAAAGAAGCUGAUAACUCGGUGAUGCAGAUGCAGGGCAAAAGACAAAGGGAGAUAUGGCAUUUGCUCAAAAUUGCUUGCACUCAGAGCUCUUCUCGAUCACUGGUAAGCUCCAGCCUGGAAGGGGCAGCCUCAACUUCCGCAGCCACGUGGCUCCCCCAGAGCUCCUCGGAGCAUGUACCUCACCCGCUAUCAUCUAUGGCAACUCCUGGAGAUGGGGAAGAUUUUAUUGAUGUGAUAGAAGAGAAUCUGAAUUAUCUCGACCGCUUCAGCAGUAUUUUGCAAGAGGCAAGACAAGAGCAGAGUAACAGCAUGAUGGGUUUUGACUGGAGUUGGCUGAAAUAGCCUCGGGACCCCCCGUGCCGCUGUCUGCGAGUGCCUGCACGCAGAGAGGUUGCUGGGCUGCCCCGCGCCGUGACGGAGGGGCACAGCAGCCCCCUCGCCUCGCCUUUUGUAACCGCGGCCGAGCUGGUGACAACGGCUGCAGCGGAUAUACGGGACUGGCACCGGCGGCGUUCGGCGGCCUGCCGCCGUUAAAGCGCCCAGCCGGGCGGCACCGCACCGAGGAAGCAGCCGCCGCUGCCGGGCUCCGCGCUGAGGGGACGGGGCCGGGCCCCGCCAAGGAGGGCGACGGGGGGGGGGGGGGGGGGGGGAACGGGCUGGAGCGGUUCGCGACGUGUGCCGCAGACGCGCGUGUGUUUUAACCCGAGUUUAUUGUAAAUAAACGCUGCCCCCAGGCCCCCC